AUGACGAUUCCGGACGAGGUUGAUAUCAUUGUUGUUGGAGGAGGAUCAUGCGGUUGUGUUGUUGCUGGCCGUUUGGCCAACUUGGACCACAAGCUCCAAGUCCUGCUCGUUGAGGCUGGCGAGAGCAACCUCAACAACCCAUGGGUGUUCCGCCCGGGUAUCUUCCCCAGGAACAUGAAGUUGGACAGCAAGACGGCUUCGUUUUACUACUCCAGGCCAUCGGAGUGGCUUGCUGGCCGUCGUGCCAUUGUUCCAGCUGCUCAUGUCUUGGGUGGUGGAUCCUCCAUCAACUUUAUGAUGUACACUCGUGCCUCUGCCUCCGACUAUGAUGACUUCCAGGCCAAGGGCUGGACUACCAAGGAGCUCAUCCCAUUGAUGAAGAAGCAUGAGACAUAUCAGAGAGCUUGCAACAACCGUGACCUGCACGGCUUUGAGGGCCCAAUCAAGGUCUCCUUUGGCAACUACACAUACCCAGUCAUGCAAGACUUCUUGCGUGCAGCCGAAUCACAAGGCUUCCCAGUGACAGAUGAUCUCCAAGACUUAGUCACUGGCCACGGUGCCGAGCAUUGGCUCAAGUGGAUCAACCGCGACACUGGCCGCCGCUCUGACUCGGCCCAUGCCUACAUUCACAGCACUCGCCAGAACCACGAGAACUUGCACCUGGUCGUCAAUACCAAAGCCGACAAGGUCAUCCUCGAGAAUGGCAAAGCAGUCGGCGUCAAGACUGUCCCAACCAAGCCUCUUCACCCAUCGGAGCAAACAUCCAGGACUUUCCGUGCGCGCAAGUUGAUCGUCGUCAGCGGCGGCACGCUCAGCUCCCCAUUGAUUCUCCAGCGCUCUGGUAUCGGUGACGCACAGAAGCUCCGCAAGGCCGGUGUCAAACCACUCGUCGACCUGCCCGGUGUUGGUUUGAACUUCCAAGACCACUACUUGACCUUCGCACCAUAUCGUGCCAAGCCAUGGGCCGACUCCUUCGAUGACUUCGUCCGCGGCGACGAGAAGGUCCAAGACAAGGUCUUCACCCAGUGGAACAUCAACGGCACUGGCCCACUGGCCACCAACGGCAUCGAGGCCGGUGUCAAGGCUCGCCCAACCGAGGACGAGCUCAGGGAGAUCGACUCCUGGCCAUGCAACGAGUUCCGCUCGGGCUGGGACAGUUACUUCAAGGACAAGCCCGACAAGCCUGUCAUGCAUUACUCGGUCAUUGCUGGCUUCUUCGGUGACCACAUGCAGAUCCCACCGGGCAAGUUCUUCACCAUGUUCCACUUCUUGGAAUACCCCUUCUCGCGUGGCUUCACCCACAUCACCUCUCCCAACCCAUACGAGGCUCCAGACUUCGAUGCUGGUUUCAUGAAUGACAAGCGUGAUAUGGCCCCGAUGGUUUGGGGCUACAUCAAGUCUCGUGAGACUGCCCGUCGCAUGGAUGCCUUCGCUGGUGAAGUCAUGGCUCUUCACCCAUUCUACGCCUUCGACUCCCCAGCUCGCUGCCACGACUUGGACGUGGAGACGACCAACGCCUACGCCGGCCCCAACCACAUCACGGCCAACAUCCAGCACGGCAGCUGGCACGAACGCAAGAAGCCAGGCAAGCGCCCCGAGGACUCCUUCCUCAACAGCAACCAGCAGGAAAUCCAAGAGGACUUGCAGUACAGCAAGGACGAUAUCCUCGCCAUCGAGGAGUGGGUCAAGCGUCAUGUUGAGACGACUUGGCACUCGCUUGGUACGUGCUCCAUGGCCCCGAAGGAAGGCAACUCGAUCGUGAAGCACGGCGUCCUCGACGAGCGCCUCAACGUCCACGGCGUCAAGAACCUCAAGGUCGCCGACUUGUCCAUCUGCCCCGAUAACGUCGGCUGCAACACGUACUCGACCGCCCUGCUCAUCGGCGAGAAGUGCGCCGUCCUCGCUGCUGAGGACCUUGGCUACACGGGCCGUGCGCUGGAGAUGCGCGUGCCGGAGUAUCAUGCUCCGAGAGAGAUUACUGGAUUGAGCAGGCUUUAG